UCCUGCUGGAGUUAUAUUAGCUUUUGUCUAUCAUUUUGGUGGAAAGGGACUUUGGUGGGGAAUCACUCUUUCCCUUUUUGCACAAGCACUACUACUUUUAAUAGUUACUCUGCAGACAAAUUGGGAAAAAGAGUGAUGUUUGUUGGUCAUCGCGGAGAGCUAGCCCUCUCCGGUGCUUCCUUGGCUACUUCAUUUGCUUUUGUGACUGGCUUCAGCUUGUUGUUGGGAAUGGGAAGUGCACUGGAGACCCUUUGUGGUCAAGCAUACGGUGCAAUGCAACAUCAUAUGCUUGGUAUACAUAUGCAGAGGGCCAUGUUCGUAAGUUUUUUGGUCAGCAUACCUCUUGCCGGUAUUUGGGCUUAUUCUGGACACAUUCUUGUAAUAUUGAAACAAGAUCCAGAAAUAGCAGCUGAAGCAGGAUAUUAUGCACGGUUCAUGAUACCGAGCAUCUUUGCCUUUGGGAUAUUGGAAUGUCAGAUUAAGUUUCUGCAAGCUCAAAAUAACGUCAAGCCGAUGAUGCUCACCACAGGAGUCACUUUGUUGCUGCACGUUUUGACCUGUUGGAUUUUCGUGCUCAAAACCGGGCUUGGAAGCAGAGGAGCUGCUCUGGCUAAUGCUACGUCUUACUGGGUUAAUGUGUUCUUGCUCGCUGCGUAUAUCAGAAUAUCGCCUUCUUGCAAAAAUACUUGGACUGGAUUUUCAAGAGAAGCAUUUUCUGAUGUCCCCAAAUAUCUCAGACUAGCAAUUCCUUCAGCUCUUAUGAUUUGCUUGGAAAUAUGGUCAUUUGAACUGAUUGUUCUGUUGUCUGGUCUUCUUCCUAAUCCAAAACUGGAAACUUCAGUUCUUUCAAUCAGCCUUAAUACAUCAGCUAUGUUCCACAUGUUGCCUCAAGGACUAGCUGGGGCUACAAGUGUAAGAGUUUCCAAUGAACUGGGAGCUGGACGACCAAAAGCAGCUCGUCUUGCAGCAUGUACUGCGACAGUCUUGGCAACCAUAGAAGGCACUCUACUAGCUGUGGUCAUGGUUUCGAUUCGUAAAGUCUGGGGCCAUUGUUACAGCAAUGAAGCAAAUGUAGUGAGAUAUGUUGGGAAAAUGCUGUUCUUUAUAGCAGGAUCCCACUUCUUAGAUGCACAUCAAUCUGUAUUUUCAGGUAUUGCCAGAGGGUGCGGGUGGCAAAAGAAAGGUGCUUUUGUCAAUUUGGGAGCCUUUUACCUGUUGGGAGUGCCUGCUGGGAUUGUGUUAGCUUUUGUCUACCAUGUUGGAGGACAGGGACUUUGGUUGGGAAUCAUUCUGGCUCUUUCUGCACAAGCACUGAUUUAUUUAGUUGUUAUUCUGCAGACAAAUUGGGACAAACAGGCAAUGAAAGCAGCAGAAAGGAUAUCUUCGUAAUAAGGCCAGCUUUCGCGAAUACUAUGUGGAUCCUUGCCAGACAUCCAACUGUGCGAUCGUGAAGACUAGGCCCAAAAUUGCAAGACUAGAAACGGUUCAAUUAUGCUAACAUUGUAAUAGGCUAAUAGCUACUAUAAGUAGUAACGAUUAUGGUUAGUUUCCUUAGCUUGCUUUGAUGAAGAAUAUUAGGCUAAUGUACUUGAAUGUUAACUCGUGUAUUUCUAGUUAACAUAGCUACUAGGGGUUUAUGAACUGUAUAUUAUGAACUGCGUUCAAUACUUCAUUUACUCUUUUCCCCCUAUAUAUCUUUGAUUAGUGAUUCUUGAAAGGAUUUCAAGGG